AUGGCAAGACUCACGGACGAUGCCGGCGAAACGUCUGUGAAUGUUCUGCGUCCAUGGUCCGGCUCUGAAAAUUAUCAUGCAUACAUUGGACUCCGGACUAGGUACGUUCCUCUAAGUCUCCCUACCAAUAUGACUAAGUUGCGAAAACAAGAUCAAACAACUCAUAUACACUUUUAUUUUGACCUUCUUCUGGCAACUUGGCCGGUGCCCCCGGGAGACCUUGUAGAGCUUAUCUAUUUAAUUUGCCUAUUUAUUUCUACUCGCAAGGGUGGCGAUGUAACUCUGCUGAAGCAAAUGGUCCAGAAGGGCAUGCUUGGUCGAAAGUCAGGUGCCGGUCUAUUUACUUAUGAUGGUCCCGGAGGCAAAAGUACCAGGUCUGUAAAUCCAGAGGCAUCAAGCAUGCUCGAACAAUUUCUUAUCCUCCCUAAGGUAGAGAACACUCCAGAGCAUGUACAGUUUCGCCUGCUUACCCGGUUUGUCAACGAGGCCGUACUAUGUUUGCAAGAUGGUAUACUCAUAAACGGGCCUGUCGAAGGUGAUAUUGGUGCAGUGUUUGGGCUUGGCUUUCCUCCUUAUCUUGGUGGUAAGUCUAAUUUAGGAUAUUGUGAAUGUCCGAUAAUGUUGAACUAG